AACAGAAGGUAGAGACAUUUACCCAGAGCAAACUUCUACCAUUCAUUGUGACUCCCUGAAAUCUUAGUGCAAGUUUCAGCUCUAAAAGAAGCGUUGGCUCCUGCAAGAUUAGCAUGAAGCUGGCAUUCCUCUUCCUUGGCCCCAUGGCCCUCCUCCUUCUGGUUGGCUGUGGCUGUGUCCUUGGCACCUCCAGUGGGAACCUGCGCACCUUUGUGGGCUGUGCCGUGAGGGAGUUUACUUUCCUGGCUAAGAAGCCAGGCUGCAGGGGCCUUCGGAUCACCACGGAUGCCUGCUGGGGUCGCUGUGAGACCUGGGAGAAACCCAUUCUGGAACCCCCCUAUAUUGAAGCCCAUCAUCGAGUCUGUACCUACAAUGAGACCAAACAGGUGACCGUCAAGCUGCCCAACUGUGCCCCGGGAGUCGACCCCGUCUACACCUAUCCCGUGGCCGUCCGCUGUGACUGCGGAACCUGCUCCACUGCCACCACGGAGUGUGAGACCAUCUGAGGCCUGCAUGGUCUGCAGAGCGCAGCUAGCGGCCUUAGCCUCACAGACCCACCUGUGUGAGCAGCACAUGCAGUUAUACUUCCUGGAUGCAAGACUGUUUAAUUUCGACUAUACCC